AAAAUACAAGCUGCACUCGAACGCACCGCCGUAGCAAGUGGAAUAUUCUGAAAGCAACAAGCUUGACCGGACAAAACGCCCACCUCUUCUGUGGUGUCCUCUGUGCUCUGAAGGAAACAGCAGGAAUCUGAAGCCUUUUUCCCAGCACUAAAACGGAUUGCGUUGGGGCUGGUGCUUAAUCUACAGCGGUCAUUGGGCUAGAGAGAAAGGUCUGCUCUCUCUGGACUGAACUACAGCUAAGAUGUCAGCGGCUCAUAAAGAUGAUGAGGAAGACUGGUUGACUGUUUGUCUCAAGUACCUGCUCUUUGUCUUUAACUUUCUCUUUUGGGUAGGUGGGGCUGCAGUCUUGGGUGUAGGAGUGUGGACCCUGGUGGAGAAGAGUGACUACUUGAGUUUGUUGGCCUCCAGCACAUUUGCUGUUUCAGCUUAUAUCCUGAUCCUGGCUGGCAGCCUGGUGGUUGUUACUGGCUUCUUGGGCUGCUGCGCUGUUAUCAGGGAACAGAAAAGUUGUCUUUCUACGUAUUUCUUCCUCCUCCUGUUCAUUUUCUUGAUUGAGCUGGUGGCUGGAGUGCUGGCCUAUGUUUACUACCAGAGGCUGAGUUUUGAACUAAAAGAGCACCUCAACCAGACAAUGACUGAGAAUUAUGCUCAGCAGGGGAAGGACACAAUCACAUCUGCUGUGGACAGACUGCAACAAGAUUUCAAGUGCUGUGGUAGCAACCACUCCCAGGAUUGGAUGCGGAGUGUGUACAUUAGGUCAGAACAAUCAGGAAACAGGGUGGUGCCUGACAGCUGCUGCAAAACCAUUACUCCUGCCUGUGGCAGAAGGGACCAUCCGUCCAACAUCUAUAAAGUGGAGGGUGGUUGCAUCACUAAGCUGGAGCAGUUUCUUGCAGACCAUCUAUUGGUUAUUGGUGCAGUGGGAAUUGGAGUGGCCUGUCUUCAGCUGGCCGGGGCACUCUUGACAGCCUGCUUUAUCUAUCUGCUAUAUAAGGAAGAGCAAGAGGACUUUGGUGCAUUGUAAUUUGGCUCUAGAGAUCCUUGGUGCUUUUAAUCAAAUGGAUAGACAAGAUCUGUGGGAUGGUGUUCACCUGCUGCUUGCACAGGAGGAUCAAGAUGGAUCCUUACUAAGCGUACAAGACCCCAACAAACAACCACUAGCAUGCAGAUGUAGCUAAGGCUGCUGGCACCGAUCUUCCGCACCUGGAUCUGGAAUUCCAAUCAGAUAAUUUAACUGAAGUUCACACCUAGUAUCAUCAAAAACUAAUUAAGCCAUGGAGUCUGGUGCACAGAAACAAAAAGGUUUAUUUGGCUUACCUGCAUGUUUUAAAUUGAGCUGAAUUAUAACCUUAUACAACUAAUGCAAAAUAAGACACUGUCAUUAAUUUUCCUGACUACUUAAUACAGUAUUCCCAGCCUCUGGAUGUCAAUAAGCAUUAAAUAUGACACUGUCAACACUUGUCAUUAUUUGUGAAGAAAUGGAAUGUAAUGUGCCUUUUUUAGGAUUCUGCUGACAGAUAAUUAUGUGCUAACUGAGUGCCUUGAAUCUUUAAAGGAACAUUGACAACACACCGUGAAAAACUGCAAAUACAAAGUGUAUUAUUAUAUUGGCGGUUAUUUAAAUAUUUCAAACAAAGCUAUAAUGCUGGACUCUACAUUAAGAAAAUUAACUCACCAAAACUGCAACACUCCAAAGUUAGCCCACAUGAAGCCUAAAUUUAGGGAUGUCAGUUCUUGAAGAAGUUACAGUAUUUCUGAUUUUAGAACUCCACCUAGUGGCUGCAGCUUUUAAUGAAACAACCCAUGUUUUUAUAAAACAAAAAUAGAUGCUAAUCUCUUUUCAAUUUUUGUAAGAAGUUAGUCAUUUUUAGUAAGUUUCUCUCUACUCCCUGAUAUCUUUUUUUUAACAUUAAAGCUGAAUGAUUUGGAUUUCAUUUCAUCCCUUUUUGCCUAUUGUUAGUCAAUGCUGUAGAUAUGAAUAUGACAUUUUAAAUAAGAUAAUUGUGUACUUCAUCAUUGUAACUGUUUUAUUGUUAAAAAUGUGUCAUUACCAAUGUUGCAUAAAAUGAUUGCAAAUGAUUUGGAUAUUGCUUUUUUUCUUCCAAAUACCUUCUGAAUAAAGGGUACUGAUUUAUGAAUAGAUUUGCUAAUAAACCAGUAAAACACUGGCAUGUGCUUGUUUUUGAUGGAUUGAUGUUCAUCAGUCUAAGAUGAUCUGAAGCUCAUAAAAUAAAGGGUAAAAUUUUGGUGCA